UUGGUCGGAGAGAGGAGGGUACUGCAGGUUGGGAGCUGUUUCAGUGAGGACUAGGUCGCCUGGAUGCCGCAGUCAGCGCUGGUGACUGUUCGUUACGGGCCGUAUGAAUCUUGCGGAGUGGUGGAUUACAGGACCAGCCGCCUACAGGGCUUGCAGGCAAUGCUGGAGGCAGAUGGACAUCGUUGCAUUCUGGAACAAUUCCUUGACUGGAACAUGGUGGAGCUUAUAGUGAAAGGAGAGUCUGUCUUCACGUGUAAAAUAACAGACCUUGAUUUUGGGGGUGACGGGAAAUUGGACCCAAUUUGCAAGGAGGCAGUGAAAGCAGUGAACUAUGCUUACUGACCAGCUUUGAAACGACACUGUCAUUUUCUAUCCUCACUUCCUAACAUGUUGUUUCUUGUUGUUUCAUUGUUUAAUGUCAAUUUCUGAUUUCUGCAGAUAAUGUGGACUCUCCUCCAGGGAUUUGCAGGUUGUGGCAGUGUUCCACAGCUGAGCCCAAUUCAGUAGUCAUGUGAUUAUUGUUUGGAAAUCUUAACAGAAUUAAAUAAAACCAAU